GGGGCCGCUUGGUUGCGCGGUACUAGCGGUGCCCGCCGAAGGGGGAGGAGGCGGAGGAGCGAGCCGUGCGGCCAGAGCGGGAAACAGACUGGUCUCGGCGUCCGAGUUCCGAAGCCGCCGCGCGCCGGCUGCCGGGGCCGCCGCAGGGGUCGUGAGGGGACGGGGGGCCGCUGUCUGCCGCGCUCCUCCUCGGGGCGCCCCGUGGGCUCGGAGAGAGGAGAAGAUGGAGGAGACGGGCGGCAGCGGCGACGGCGCCGCGGGCACCAGCGGGGACGGCGGCGGCGCGGGGCAGCGGCUCCUCACAGUCAAGCACGAGCUGCGGACGGCUAAUUUAACAGGACAUGCAGAGAAGGUGGGGAUUGAAAAUUUUGAGCUCCUGAAGGUCCUGGGAACUGGAGCGUAUGGGAAAGUAUUUCUGGUUCGUAAAAUAAGUGGUCACGAUACUGGAAAGCUGUACGCCAUGAAGGUUUUGAAGAAGGCGACCAUAGUUCAGAAGGCCAAAAGCACGGAGCACACGAGGACAGAGCGGCAGGUCCUGGAGCACAUCAGGCAGUCGCCGUUCCUGGUGACGUUACACUAUGCUUUCCAGACGGAGACCAAGCUCCAUCUCAUCUUAGAUUAUAUAAAUGGUGGAGAACUUUUUACUCACCUUUCUCAGAGAGAGCGGUUCACAGAGCACGAGGUGCAGAUCUACGUGGGAGAGAUAGUGCUCGCCCUGGAACACCUCCACAAGUUGGGGAUUAUAUACCGUGACAUUAAGCUUGAGAAUAUUCUACUUGAUUCUAACGGCCAUGUGGUGCUGACAGAUUUUGGUCUGAGUAAGGAGUUUGUGGCUGAUGAAACUGAAAGAGCAUAUUCCUUCUGUGGGACUAUCGAGUACAUGGCGCCAGACAUCGUCCGAGGGGGAGAUUCGGGACAUGACAAGGCCGUUGACUGGUGGAGCUUAGGGGUCCUGAUGUACGAGUUACUGACCGGAGCGUCUCCUUUCACUGUGGACGGGGAGAAAAACUCCCAAGCUGAGAUAUCCAGGAGAAUAUUAAAAAGUGAGCCCCCGUAUCCCCAAGAAAUGAGUGCGUUAGCAAAAGACCUACUUCAGCGCCUCCUGAUGAAAGAUCCCGAGAAGAGACUGGGCUGUGGCCCCCGGGAUGCAGAUGAAAUCAAAGAGCAUCUCUUCUUCCAGAAAAUCAACUGGGACGAUUUAGCUGCCAAAAAAGUGCCCGCGCCAUUCAAGCCGGUGAUUCGAGACGAACUGGAUGUGAGCAACUUCGCAGAAGAGUUCACAGAAAUGGACCCCACCUAUUCCCCCGCAGCCCUGCCCCAGAGCUCCGAGAGGCUGUUCCAGGGCUAUUCUUUCGUGGCUCCUUCUAUCCUCUUCAAGCGGAAUGCAGCCGUCAUCGAUCCGCUGCAGUUCCACGUGGGAGUUGAGCGCCCUGGAGUGACCAAUGUUGCCCGGAGUGCGAUGAUGAAGGACUCUCCGUUCUACCAGCACUAUGACCUAGAUCUGAAAGACAAACCACUGGGAGAAGGAAGUUUUUCUAUUUGUCGAAAGUGUGUGCACAAAAAAAGUAACCAAGCAUUCGCCGUCAAGAUAAUCAGCAAGAGGAUGGAAGCCAAUACUCAGAAAGAAAUAACAGCUCUGAAACUCUGUGAAGGACACCCCAAUAUCGUGAAGCUGCAUGAAGUGUUUCACGAUCAGCUCCACACGUUCCUCGUCAUGGAGCUGCUGAGCGGGGGAGAGCUGUUUGAGCGCAUCAAGAAGAAGCAGCACUUCAGCGAGACGGAGGCCAGCUACAUCAUGCGGAAGCUGGUUUCCGCCGUCAGCCACAUGCACGACGUCGGGGUGGUGCACAGAGACCUGAAGCCCGAGAAUCUCUUGUUCACGGAUGAAAACGACAACUUGGAAAUUAAAGUGAUUGACUUCGGGUUCGCCCGGCUGAAGCCGCCCGACAAUCAGCCCCUGAAGACCCCGUGCUUCACUCUUCACUACGCCGCCCCCGAGCUCCUGAACCACAACGGCUACGACGAGUCCUGCGACCUGUGGAGCCUGGGAGUCAUCCUGUAUACGAUGUUGUCAGGGCAGGUUCCAUUCCAGUCCCAUGACAGAAGUCUGACGUGUACCAGUGCCGUGGAGAUUAUGAAGAAAAUUAAAAAGGGAGAUUUCUCCUUUGAAGGAGAAGCCUGGAAGAAUGUAUCCCAAGAGGCUAAAGAUUUGAUCCAAGGACUUCUCACAGUUGAUCCAAAUAAAAGGCUUAAAAUGUCUGGCUUGAGAUACAACGAAUGGCUUCAAGACGGCAGUCAGCUGUCUUCCAACCCCCUGAUGACGCCCGACAUCCUGGGGUCUUCCGGAGCUGCUGUGCACACCUGUGUCAAAGCAACCUUCCACGCCUUCAACAAGUACAAGCGAGAGGGCUUCUGCCUGCAGACGGUGGAUAAGGCCCCGCUGGCCAAGAGGCGCAAGAUGAAGAAGACCAGCACCAGCACCGAGACGCGCAGCAGCUCCAGCGAGAGCUCGCACUCGUCGUCCUCGCACUCGCACGGCAAGACCACGCCCACGGCGGCGCUGCCGCCCAGCCAGCCGGACGGCGGCCCCAGCGACGGCCUCUUCCAGUUCUCCGACUGAGGAGCCGCCGCGGGCCGAGCCGUGCGCGUCUGAACUCCUGGCCCGGGGUCUCUUGGGAUCUGCCUCGUGGGAACCGUUUCCGGAAAACCUCUAAGGUUAUCCUCGUCCCAAAGCACUGGAGCAGGAAGGUUACUGUGACCCGGGCGCCGUGGCGGCCGAGCAUGGCGCCGCCCGAGCAUUCCGGAAGGAGCGUGGCGGGCUCUGCCGACUGCGCAGCCGCGGCCGCCGCGAGGCCUUGUGGGCGUCACGUGGGCUGCGCGCACUGGGUGCGCGGCGCGGAGGUCCUCGGAGGCGGUUGCGUGGGGAACUGUGUGCGUGGCUUUUGCCUACUUCUCGAGAGAGAGUUUUAACUUAUUUUUAUUUUAUGGUUAUGUAUGAUGGUAACUUGCUAUUAUUAAUCUGUUUCUAAAAAGUUUUAAAAAGAUUUAAGAAUUUAGGUCCCGUGCGCGUGUCUGGGACCCACGUGCGAUGCAUGCUAAGCGCCGUAUGGUUUAAUUUUGCACUGUUCUUCCCUGGCGGCUGGGUUUUACGGCUGUUGCAAGAAAUUAAGGUACAUGUGUGUCGUAAGUAACACUGCACUUUACAGAGCAGCGGGAUUGUAAGGUGCCCUGUUGGAAGCGUGUGGCCUGUCUGCCAUCGCCUGUCACCUGUGUGCGUCCGGCUCCAGUCCCUCCACUCGUGCAGACGGGGCCGUGUGUAUGACGCGGCCCUGCCCCUUCACCACCAACGUGAGGAAAACCUAAAGGGAAACUUCCUGAACACUGUGCUCAUAUUCGUACACUGUGUUGUACUACAGUGAGCCCUUUCCUCCUGUAGUCGGAUAUUAUGUACAUAACAUUUUAGGAUCAUACCUAUGACUUGUUUGGACAUUUUUCUGUUAAUUUUUAAAUCCAGAAAGCAUAUUUUAUAAACUUAAGCAGAGCACUUUUACUGCUCAGAAGCCCUGAAUUCAUAUAGCCAAGUGCUGUGCGGUAGACGCUAGACUGAAAGGUUGCUGCAUUUAAAACACAGUUCAUUCCCUAUGCAAAAAAAAAAAAAAAACAGUGACGGAUUUGUAUGUUGUGUUUUCUGUUAAAGCCAUCACACGAAAUAUCAGGACUGAGAAAAGUGAUCUUUGCUGUGUGUUUACAGGAAUCGUGUUUAAGCAUAUAAUGCCCAACGUGUUCAUUUCAUAGUUUUUGUCAAUGAUAACCUCUUGAGCAUUAGUUUGGAAUUUGGGCAUGAUAUUUAUUUAUUCCUUUCUUGAAGUAAUAGCAGCAUUAAUUUCAACCAGUUAGGAAUACUAAAAAGGAUUGCACUCUAUGUAUUAGUGUAUUUAUUACUAAAUCAAUGUAUAUAUUAAUAGCUCAGGCAAAA